AUGGCUCAAAGGGAACGUCGUAACAAUGCGGGAAACCGCAUGGCAAAAUUGCUAGAUGAUGAAGAGGAAGAUGAUUUCUACAAAACAACUUACGGAGGCUUUCAAGAAACUGAAGAAGAUAAUGAUUAUGUGCAGGAGAGAGAGACCGAAGAUGUUGUGGAUUCGGACUUUGACAUUGAUGAGAAUGAUGAACCCGUAUCUGAUCAAGAAACUGAUGAGAAAAGGACACGAAAAAGUGGCACAAAAGUUUACAAGGAUCCUAAUAGAAAACUAAAAAGAGGCGAUAAGCCAACUACAUCCACAAUAGAAAGAGUAAAGAAACUUGCUGAAAGAGAAAAGAAACCAAAAGAACCAAAGCCUGAGAAAGAAAAGACUGAGAAAGUUGAAAAGAUACUUACACUUGACACUUCUAUAGAGCGUAAAUCCAUUAGACAAAGUACAGCCGUGAAGUCUGCAGAAACACAGCAGAGAAUCAAGAUUAGAUCUGAACUAAAAAAGAAGAAACCGAAAAAGGUAGAAGAUAAAAUGCCAACACAAGAGGAAUUGUUGGAGGAAGCACUUAUCACAGAGAAAGAGAAUCUAAAAAGCUUAGAAAGAUUUGAACAAAUUGAAUUGGAGAGGAAAAAAAUACGACCUACAAAGAAAACAAUUACUGGUCCCGUAAUAAGGUAUCAUUCGUUUGCGGUGCCGCUUAUCGAAGAAAUACCAACAGUAGACGAAAAAGCCAGUUUGACACCAUUGGGUGAUCUUAACUUAAGCGAUAUCAUCAAGAAUGAGGAAGGUUUGUUUACACCAACCGAAUUCGAGUUGCCGGAACUAAAAAAUGAGAUGAUAGAUCAGACGAUGGACAAAUUGGAGCCUGAUAUGAAAAUGGAUGUUGACGUGAUCGGUCCUGAUGAGGAAGUUAAUAUUGAAGAUGUGACAGCUAAAGAAGAGAAAUCAAGUAAAAAGACGGAUCAAAAUGUAAGAUUUCAUGAACGCACGCUUCUAUCUUUCGAGAAUGAUAUAAAGGAUAAAGCGUUCAAUGCCUGCUUCCCGAAGUCACAACCGAAAAAACGAAGACAGCUAUUGUGCGCUGUUACAAAACGGCCAGCGCGCUACAUAGACCCUAUAACGAAGUUGCCGUACCGCAGCGUGGACGCGUUCCGGAUCAUCCGCGAGGCGUACUACCAGCAGCUCGAGGCGCGCGCCGACCGCAGCGAGCCGCAGCUCGCCGCGUGGCUGCGCUGGCGCAAGGCCGACGCCGCCUCCACCUACGUGCAGAUACACAUCAAACGGCCAGCGCGCUACAUAGACCCUAUAACGAAGUUGCCGUACCGCAGCGUGGACGCGUUCCGGAUCAUCCGCGAGGCGUACUACCAGCAGCUCGAGGCGCGCGCCGACCGCAGCGAGCCGCAGCUCGCCGCGUGGCUGCGCUGGCGCAAGGCCGACGCCGCCUCCACCUACGUGCAGAUACACAUCAAGUAG